UCGAGCCGCUGCCGUCAACAUUUGGAGCCGCGUUGAAUAUUAGGGAUAACUCUUUGAAAGGAAGCUGCCUUUUUUAGAUGUAGGUGGUUCUGAAAUAGGUGAAAUGAAUCAGUUUGUUUUCUCUCAAAUAGCGUAAGUGUGAUCUUGAUAGCCGAGUUGGCGUUUUCCUUGGACUGUCUAUAUCACCAUGCGUAAAUCGCGUUACGUUUUGGGAUUUGAUACAUCCACAUAGACUGGUAUAACUGAAGCUAAACUUUUUAUAGUUCGAUACAAUGUAUAGAUUGAUCAUUAGUUGAUCAUUUAGUCUUUUUUGAAUGGGCCAACUAUUCUUUUCCGAAAUUAAUGUCUGGGGGGACAGCCAACGAUAAGAUGUUUCGCCAAAGCAAGAAUCUUAUUAGGAAAAGUUCAGAAUUUUAUGACUGACGUGACGCUUUGUCUUGAGAUGCAUUUUGUAUGCUAAAAUCUGUCAUAAGCAAGCGUCUUCUGUGAAAUUAUCAUAUAAUUAAUUUGGCAAUAGUUAUUUAGUGUGAGAGAGGACAUGAUGCGGCAUGCGUUUGUGCACUAUAUGCAAAUUCAUUUAGUCUUAAUAAGUUAGCUACAUCUUUUCGUAUGAGUUUGACCACUUACCAAUUAACAUUUGGACGGAGUUAGUGAGAAGGAACGUUUGGGGUAUGGCAUAAAGGGCGCACAGCUCCAUACUGAAGUGUUUAAAUUAGUCUGAAGGACUAAAAAGACCUAAAAAUACCGCGCUGGUUUCUUCUCCACAAAGAAUCAUUUGAACUUCCCACCGCAGAACGAGAGCGACAUAAAUAGUUCUGACAUGUGGAUGUAAUUUCAGAAGAAGAAAAAAAACUGACAGACGCAGAGAAAUAAAGUGAGCGGGCUCAGUUUGAACGUGUUGCGGAUUUAAAAAGAGGAAGGGAAAGCGAAGAGAUUAUAGUUAUGAUUUUACAAGCCAGUAUCAAACCCAUAAUGAGAGGACAGAUAGAGUGAAACAUGACUAGCGCUUUUGGAAACAGUUAAAAGUAGAUGAAGUCAUUUAACUGAAGCAUCAACCUCUGUAAAAAUUGCUUUCUGAAACGGGAUGGGAGCCACUCUAGUGUUCCACAGUUUGGGCUUUCUUCUCUUCAGCUUGGUCCUAAGUCGUGUCUGUCUGGUAGAGGCAGAUGAUGUGCUCACCAAAGAGGAACAGAUCGGCCUGUUGUUCAAAGCCAAACGGAAGUGUGAGGUAGCCAUCAGGAACAAACACAAGCCUGGUGAUGGUUACUGCUCGCCGGAGUGGGAUGGCAUUGUUUGUUGGCCUGAGGGGUCUCCUGGAAAGCUGGUGUCCACUGCCUGUCCAGAGUACAUUUAUGACUUCAACCAUAAAGGACUAGCCUAUCGUCGCUGUGACAACAAUGGGACAUGGGAGCUGACCACUACCAACAACAAGACAUGGGCAAACUACAGCGAAUGUGCAAAAUUCCUCUCGCACUAUAACCAAAAUAAUGAGAAGGAAGUAUUUGACCGUUUGUACCUCAUCUACACAGUGGGCUACUCCAUCUCUCUGGGAUCACUUAUGGUGGCUGUGAUCAUCCUGGGUUAUUUCCGGCGGUUGCAUUGUACCAGGAACUACAUCCACAUGCACUUGUUUGUGUCUUUCAUGCUGCGAGGCAUCAGCAUCUUCAUAAAGGAUGUGGUGCUAUACUCUGGUUCUGCCCUAGAGGACAUGGAAAGGGUCAGUGUGGAAGAUCUCAAGUCCAUCACUGAGGCUCCUCCAGCUAACAAAACCCAGUUUAUUGGCUGUAAAUUAGCAGUGACCCUGUUCCUGUAUUUCCUGGCCACCAACUACUACUGGAUCCUAGUAGAGGGCUUGUACCUCCACAGCCUCAUCUUCAUGACCUUCUUCUCAGACAGGAAGUACCUCUGGGGAUUCACUUUGAUUGGAUGGGGGGUCCCAGCUAUGUUUGUGACAGUGUGGGCAAGUGUGAGAGCCACUUUGGCAGACACAGAGUGCUGGGACCUAAGUGCAGGCAAUCUGAAGUGGAUUGUACAAGUGCCCAUUCUAACAGCAAUAGUGGUGAAUUUUAUGCUGUUCCUGAAUAUAAUCCGAGUUCUGGCCACUAAACUUCGAGAAACAAAUGCUGGCAGAUGUGACACAAGACAGCAAUACAGGAAACUGUUGAAGUCUACUUUGGUCCUGAUGCCACUGUUUGGCGUUCACUACAUCGUGUUCAUGGCCAUGCCUUAUACUGAGGUAACUGGAGUCCCCUGGCAGAUACAGAUGCACUACGAGAUGCUCUUCAAUUCAUUCCAGGGAUUCUUUGUGGCAAUUAUAUAUUGUUUCUGCAACGGGGAGGUCCAGGCAGAAAUUAAGAAAACCUGGAGCAGGAGGACACUAGCGCUGGACUUUAAACGGAAAGCCCGUAGUGGCAGUAACACGUAUAGUUAUGGACCUAUGGUGUCUCACACCAGUGUAACCAACGUCACUGCCCGGGGGCCCCUGGCCCUUCAUCUCACCACGCGCCUUGGGGCCCCAGUCACCGUCAACGGGCACCGGAACCUCCCGGGGUAUGUGAAAAACGGUUCCGUCUCCGAGCACUCUAUCCCUUCCUCGGGACAGGAGUUACACAUUCCCGAGGAGGAGCAGCUAUCCAAUAACACGCCACCGCAUUCUGUUGAGGAGGAGAAACCCUCGCCUGUGGUGGAGGAGGAGCGGGAGACCGUUAUGUGACGUUCAUGUGACCUCGAGUGAAAGACAGUCAUGUCAAUAGCCCCUCCGUUGUGAGGACGAUCUCUGUAGGAAUGAGUCAUGGAACAUAGCACCAGUCAUUAUUCUCAGGAUGUUACACAGUAGGAGGAUGGCUGCCUUUCGUCGACACUGCCAGUUUUUCUCCUGUGAAUCGAGCCAGAAUUUUAGUGGGUGGAUAAGGACUGGAGGACGAAAGGCUCUAGGCUAAAAGGGUACCUCAGUAUUUGAGGUGAGCCACCAACACAGUCAAUCACCUUAUGUACUGUAGCAAACACAGCCGCUCUUUCUGAGACUAUUUCCACCUGCCAUAUGGACAAGAAUUCAUAUUUGUUUUGUUUUAUUUCACUGACUUCAAUGAGUUGCAGCAGGUACUUUAUAUUAGAUGAAAACCAACUUGCAGAUUUUUAGCUUUUUCACAUUCUAAAGCUAUUCUAAAACUUGUGGAUCGUGACUGGUCUGUGGAUGGACAGUAGGCUAAUGUGUCUGUCUGAAACCUACAACGGUGAUGGUCCACAGGUCCUGUGGUUGAAGUUGUCUAACAGCAUAUGUAGGUCCUCAUUCUGACAGGAGCAUGUUAGCUGAUGUUAGUGUAGCGGAUGGAUAAGUUAGCAUACAGCUCACUAGCUUACAUCUGUUACAUUAGGAACUCCUAGUGAUAUGAGGAGUUGCAGUUGCCUCUGCCUGCAUGGUUGGGGAGAUCUCACUACAUUUCGAUUGGUUUGAAAUAUGGAUGUCAAUUCAGAAAACCUAACCCACUUUGAUGUAAAAGGGAAUCAAACUCAGGUACUCCAAACCCACCAUUCUAGUGCAUCACUUUGAGCUAGUGUGUACUGUAGUUUCAGAGGUGUGCUGGCUUCUAGUGUUGAUUUAUAUGGAGGAAGGCCAAUGGAAGACUUUUCUUCAUGAUUAUCAACUUUUUGUACAGUUUUUAGUUUUGCUAUUUAAAAGAUACUAUCAUGAUAUUCAAUAGUGUAAUGACUAUGGAAGGUUAUGUUGUUUCCAUGAUGUGCUGAUGAUUAUAUUAUUCAAUGAUAAUAUUCUGUUUCACAAUAUAUAAUGCCACAAAAGUAACCGAAGCAUAUCAAUGGAGUGGGAGAGAGGAUUGAGGAUUAAAAAAAAUAAGCUUUUAUAUACUGUGCAGUGUUUUCCGAAACUAUUCAUAACCCUUGACUUAUUCCACAUUUUGUUGUUACAGACAACAUUUAAAAUGAAUUAGAUAAAUACAAAAUCUUACCCAUCUACACAAUAUAUUGACAAAUUGAAAACAAGUUUUUAGACAUUUUUGCUGAUUUAUUGAAAAUGAAAUACGUCAUUUACAGCGAUUGCAGCUGUGAGUCUUUCUGGAGCUUUCUCUUAAGGGCUUUGCACACCUGGAUUGUACAAUAUUUGCCAAUUAUUAUUUAAAAAAUGAUUCAAGCUCUGUCAAAUGUAUUGUUGAUCGUUGCAACACAACCAUUUUCAUGUAUUGCCAUAGAUUUUCAAGCAGAUUUAAGUCAAAACUGUAACUCGGCCACCCAGGAACAUUCAUUGUCUUGGUAAGCAAUUCCAGUUCAGAUUUGGCCUUGUGUUCUAGGUUAUUGUCCUGCUGAAAGGUUAAUUAAUCUCUGUGUCUGGUGGAAAGCAGACUGAACCAGGUUUACCUCUCAGACUUUGCCUGUGUUUAGCUCUAUUCCAUUUCUUUUAUCUCCUGAAAAACUACCCAGUCCUUAACGAUUACAAGCAUACCCAUAACAUGAUGCAGCCACCAGUAUGCUUGAAAAUAUGGAGAGCGGUACUCAGUGGGGUGUUGUGUUGGAUUUGCCCCAAACAUAACACUUUGUAUUUAGGACAGAAAGUGAAUUUCCUUUUUUGCAGUAUUACUUGAGUGCCUUGUUGCAAACAGGAAAGCAUUUUUUUGAAAUAUUGUUUAUUCUGUAAAGGCUUCCUUCUUUUCACUCUGUCAAUUAGGUUAAUAUUGUGGAGUAACUACAAUGUUGUUGAUCCAUCCUCAGUUUUCUCCUAUCACAGCCAUUAAUCUCUGACUGUUUUAAAGUCACCAUUGGCCUCAAGGUGAAAUCCCUGAGCAUUUAUCUUCCUAUCCGGCAACUGAGUUAGGAAGGGCGCCUGUAUCUUUGUAGUGACUGGGUGCAUGGAUACACCAUAUAAAGUGUAAUUAAUAACUUCACCAUGCUCAUAGGGAUGUUCAAUGUGUGCUUUGUUUUACCCAUCUACCAGUAAUUUGUAAACAUUUCUAAAAACAUAAAUCCACAUUGAUGUUAUGGGGUAUUGUGUGUACGCCAGUGACAAAAUAAAAAAUCUACAUUUAAUCCGUUUUAAAUUCAGAUUGUAACACAACAAAGUGUGGAAAAGGUCAAAGGGUAUGAAUACUUUCUGAAGGCACUGUAAUUGCAGCAAACUUUUCUCAAAGUUUUCAAAGGGAGGCACCCUCUCCAAAACUCAGGGUUGCGGGGAAACAGUUACAUUUUCGAAAAUAAGAUGUUAUUUAAAUGAGGAAUUCUCCAAUUUCACAGGAAAAUUCCAAAGGAGACUCGUGAAGAGACGGUAUGAAGGAACACCAGAACUAAUUAGCACACAACUGUUAUGUUUUUAUAUGGUCAAGUGUUAUGCUGCUCUUUUUGUAUAUACAGUAUGUAUGCAUUUGCAUAGAAGUCACAAUGUUUACAAUGAAAAUAAAAAUCCAUUCUAGUUGUGAGCUAAAAUAGCAUCAAGGGUCAUGGAAAUGUAUUCUCAAUAUAAUUUGAUGUUUGUACAGACUGUUCAAAAAUGUAUGGGAUGUUUUGAUAUUUGAAAUAUGUUAUAUUGUAUAUAGUUGUAUAUGUAUAGAAACUGGAGGAUAUACUGUAGGUGAGGGACAAUACUGUAUGUAUCAGGACUGUUAAAAUGAGAUUUCAGCAGAAUGCCUAACAAAGGUAUUGACAGUACAUUAGACAUAAUUAUUUGAUUCAAGAACUAAAUUGCACUUUGACCCUACAGUUUCCUCUCCCACCACUGUAUAUCCACAUUUCUACACUCAAGAAACUUUUGUGAAAAUAUGUCUAGCUACACUUUAUAAAUAUAUAUAUAUAUAUACUGUAUAUUUAUUAUUUGUAUUAUUAUUUUUUCUCUCUCUGCAUUGUUAUGAAGGGCCCGUAAGGCAGCAUUUCACUGUUAGUCUAAACGUGUUGUUUACAAAGCAUGUGACAAAUCAAAUUUGAUUUUGAUUUAAAAUACCCCAGCUUUACAAGUUCAGUUCCGUCACACAGCAGUUUGUUUUCCAGCCAAUGUUCUCAGAGGGAAUUGAAGGGUUCAAAUAAUUUGUUUGUUUGUUAGCUAGUUUGUCACAGAACCAGUAUUUGUGUCUUUACACUCUGUAAAAGUAGCCUUGUCCUAUACUGUAGCUAUACUGUGCAGUAGCUAAUGCUUCCGUCAUUGUCAUGCCUUAUGUUUGGCAUGAAAAUAAACAAACACACAGAGGAGUUUACUAAAGCACAAACAGACUGACGCACCAGGCUAUGUGUAAAGGUGUCACAGUUCCAAUACUUUAUGUGUCAACCUGAUCUGUCCCAAUAGUUAAUGUACAGUAUGUUUCAUUCCUAUCCAUCCCAAUAUUUCAACGUUCUUUCAAGGGUUGACUUAACAUAGUAAACGUACACUUAUCUUCCUCCAUUUUAGUAUGAUAUGUAUUUAUUAGGAGAACCCUUUUGGAAAACCUUUUUUGAUUCCAGGCAGAACCCUUUUCACAGAGGGCUCUACCACAUGGAACUCAAAAGGGUUCUACCUGGAACCAAAAAGGGUUCUCCUAUGGGGACAGCCGAAGAACCCUUUUUUUUGUUGUAGUUGCUAACCCAAAGGUUGCUAUUGUAGUUACUAAUUAGCUAACAUGUGAAAGUUGUCUGUGAUGUGAUUGGAACACGCAACCUUUGGGUCGCAAGAUGUUUGCAUUACACUCCCACAUCUUUCAUUUUUAGAGUAACACAUUUACGUUUACUAUGUUACUUCUAGUCUGAGCGGCCAGGCUAUAUGCGGCCAGGCAUAUACGGUUCAAACCUUCCCUCCAAAUGUACAUUUCAUUCCUAAUCUUUGUGGUUUCCUAUUUAUUGUCAUGGUCUUAUAUGGUUAGGGCACAUUACGUUUUACACCAGAUAAAUAUAGAGCUAAAUAUAGUUCAUUUUCUGCCUUACAAAGUUCUGUUGCAUGAUAUGCAGUUGAAGUCGGAAGUUUACAUAAACCUCAGCCAAAUACAUUUAUACUCAGUUUACAUACACUCAAUUAGUAUUUGGUAGCAUUGCCUUUAAAUUGUUUAACUUGGGUCAAACGUUUCGCCUGACCGCUGGUGUAACUGAGUCAGGUUUAUAAGCCUCCUUGCUUGUACAUGCUUUUUCAGUUCUGCCCACACAUUUUCUAUAGGAUUGAGGUCAUGUCUUUGUAAUGGCCACUCCAAUACCUUGACUUUGUUGUCCUUAAGCUAUUUUGCCACAACUUCAGAAGUAUGCUUGGGGUCAUUGUCCAUUUGGAAGACCCAUUUGCGACCAAGCUUUAACUUCCUGACUGAUGUCUUGAGAUGUUGCUUCAAUAUAUCCACAUAAUUUUCCAUCCUCAUUAUGCUAUCUAUUUUGUGAAGUGCACUACCCCUCCUGCAGCAAAGCACCCCCACAACAUGAAGCUGCCACCCCCGUGCUUCACGGUUGGGAUGUUGUUCUUUGGCAAGCCUCCCCCUUUUUCCUCCAAACAUAACGAUGGUCAUUAUGGCCAAACAGUUCUAUUUUUGUUUCAUCAGACCAGAGGACAUUUCUCCAAAAAGUACGAUCUUUGUCCCCGUGUGCAGUUUUUUAUCUCAGUUUUGGAGCAGUGGCUUCUUCCUUGAUGAGCAGCCUUUCAGGUUAUGUCAAUAUAGGACUCAUUUUACUGUGGAUAUAGAUACUUUUGUACCUGUUUCCUCCAGCAUCUUCACAAGGUUGAUUUGCACUUUUUGCACCAAAGUACAUUCAUCUCUAGGAGACAGAACACAUCUGCUGUGUGGUCCCAUGGUGUUUAUACUUGCAUACUAUUGUUUGUACAGAGGAACGUGGUACCUUCGGGCGUUUGGAAUUUGCUCCCAAGGAUGAACCAGACUUGUGGAGGUCUACAAUUUUUUCUGAGGUCUUGGCUGAUUUUCUUUUGAUUUUCCCAUGAUGUCAAGCAAAGAGGCACUGGGUGUGAAGGUCCACAGGUACAUCUCUAAUUGACUCAAUGAUGUCAAUUAGCCUAUCAGAAGCAUCUAAAGCCAUGACAUUUUCUGGAAUUUUCAAGCUGUUUAAAGGCACAGUCAACUUAGUGUAUGUAAACUUCUGACCCACUGGAAUUGUGAUAGUGAAAUAAUCUGUCUGUAAACAAUAAAAUUACUUGUGUCAUGCACGAAUUAGAUGUCCAAACGGACUUGCCAAAACUGUAGUUUGUGAACAAGAAAUGUGUGGAGUGGUUGAAAAAUGAGUUUCAAUGACUCCAACGUAAGUGUAUGUAAACUUCCGACUUCAACUGUACAUGUAAGCGUGAUAUAAGGAUACUAUUAGAGAACGUGUUACCAAAAGAUGCCAUCUACACCAACAAGGAAAUGAAAAAUAAAGUUGAAUAUCCACAUUUUCUUAUACAGUGGUUAUCUUACACCCACCUACAGCCAACGAACAUGCCACUAGUAAAUAAGCUUGGUAGUAUUGUGUAUAGUAGAUACGCUAGUCUGGCCUUUAACUGUCCUUGUUUGAUUAGGAGGGGGCAACACUAGAACCAGUGUUGAUGGGAAAAUAUCAUUUCAAACAAACAUUUGUAGAUUUAUGCGCACUUUAAUACCCUAUUCCAUUUCAUAUUGAUUGUAUCAUGUAAAUUGAUUGUGUUUUUGAAUUCGAUAUGUAAAAAGGCCAUUACUUUACAGAGAUAAUAGUGUACACUUUUUAUUUUUUAUUUUUUACCUCUCAUGGAAGUAUAUAAAAUCACCUAUGAUAUUUUCGUUGUAUUUUUUAUUUAUCUCAUAUUGCAAAUGUAUCUGUCCUCAGAGAGAUAGGAGUUGGUAUUUUGUGUUAAUAGUCUACUGUAUAUGCCAUGUGUGGAGAGGGUGUGACUGUUUUGUUUGAAAUAGGACACCAUACCUGGUUGAUUUCGUGUCGGUUGUGUGAAGUCAAUGUUGUAAACGUGGGUUUAAGAGAAAUGUUUUUCAGUCUUGAUGUUCAUCAUUGUAUUGUGAAUAAGACAAUUAAAAUGUACAAUUCUA